AUGUCUCAGUCAUUCGAUCUGAACGUGGCCACUCGCGCUAACCACGCGGCUCUCCUGCCCGUGGUUCUCAUCGCUACCUCAAUCAACGAGGCUCGUCCCACCCCGGUGAUCAACAUCUCCUACCAGGACACCGCGCUUCUCCAGGAUGGUGACAAGGCUAUUGUGCAGCUUGUCGCUGGUAGCAAGUCUGUCUUUGGUACCACCGAAGUCAUCAAGGAGCUCACCGAGCACUUCCCCUUCUUGACCGGCAAGGAUGCUAAGGUGGAAGCUGAAUGGCUCUCUCAACUGGACUCCUUGACCACUCUCGACUUCAAGGCCCUUGAUCCCAUCCUCCAGCGCAUUGACACCCACCUCCUUCUGCGCUCGUUCAUCGUCGGAUACUCUCUGUCCACUCCCGACAUUGCUAUCUGGGGUGCUCUCCGUGGUAACCGUGUUGCCGUCGCGGCUCUGAAGAAGGGCUCGCUGGUCAACUUCACCCGGUGGUACCGGUUCCUGGAGGAGCUUUGCCCCUGGACCAAUGGCGCCGUUGAGUCCAUGAGCGCAGCUGCUAAGGAGAAGAAGAACGCCAAGGCCAAGGAGGGUGCCAACUACGACAUUGCCCUCAAGGGUACCGAGAACGGUGUCGUCACCCGUUUCCCCCCUGAGCCCUCUGGAUACCUCCACAUCGGUCAUGCUAAGGCCGCCCUGCUGAACGACUACUUCGCGCACGAGAAGUACAACGGCACUCUUCUCCUCCGUUUCGAUGACACCAACCCCUCCAACGAGAAGCAGGAGUUCCAGGAUGCUAUCAUUGAGGACCUUGCUCUUAUGGGCAUCCAGCCCAACAAGAUGACCUACACCAGUGACUACUUCGAUGAGCUCUACGACUACUGUGUCAAGAUCAUCAAGCAGGGAGACGCCUACGCUGAUGACACUGACAAGGAAACCAUGCAAAAGCAGCGAUUCGAUGGCCUUGCCAGCGCACGCCGCGAGAUGGCACCCGAGGAGAGCUUGGCUCACCUCGAAGAGAUGAAGAAGGGUACCCCAGAGGGCCUCCGUUGGUGCAUCCGUGCCAAGAUCUCCUUCGACUGCCUCAACAAGGCCAUGCGUGAUCCCGUUAUCUACCGCUGCAACCCGGCUCCCCACCACCGCACCGGCAGCAAGUGGAAGAUCUACCCCACCUAUGACUUUGCUUGCCCCAUCGUUGACUCGAUGGAGGGCGUUACCCACGCUCUCCGUACCAUCGAGUACCGUGACCGCAACCCCCAGUACCAGUGGAUGCUGGACACCAUGAAGCUCCGCACCGUGCAGGUCUGGGAUUUCGCUCGCAUGAACUUCAUCAAGACCCUCCUCUCCAAGCGUAAGCUGACCAAGCUUGUUGAGUCUGGAGCCGUCUGGGGUUGGGAUGAUCCCCGCUUCCCCACCAUCCGUGGUAUUCGCCGCCGUGGUAUGACCAUUCCUGCUCUCCGCGAGUUCAUCCUGAAGCAGGGUCCUUCCAAGAACGUCACCAACUUCGAUUGGGCUCUCAUUUGGGCCACCAACAAGAAGUACAUUGACCCUAUCGCUGGCCGUCACACCACCAUCUUCUCCAAGGAUGCCGUCAAGACCACCGUCAUUGGAGGUCCCGCCGCACCCUACACCGAGGAGAAGCCCAAGCACGCCAAGAACGCUGCCGUCGGUAACAAGAAGGUUGUUUACAGCAGCUCCAUCCUCCUCGAGCAGGAAGAUGUGAAGCUCUUCAAGCCCGACGAGGAGAUUACCCUCAUGAACUGGGGUAACGCCUUCGUCCGCAAGAUCAGCACCAACGCCGAGACCGGUGUCAUCACCAACCUCGAAGUCGAGCUUAACCCCACCGGUGAUGUCAAGAAGACCGAGAAGAAGGUCACCUGGCUCGCCGAGGAGGGUCAGGAUCUCGUCCCCGUUGAACUCGUUGACUUCGACCACCUGCUCAACAAGGACUCCAUGACCGAGGAUGAUGUCCUCGAGGACUGCCUGAACAAGCACACCGAGUUCCGCGAGGCCGGUGUCGCCGAUUGCAACGUGGCUGACUUGAAGGAGAACGACAUCAUUCAGUUCGAUCGUAAGGGCUACUACCGCGUUGACCGGGCUUACAGCCCUGGCUCGCCUGCUGUCUUCUUCAACAUUCCCUCUGGAAAGACCAAAUAA